AGCCCAUCAAGUUCGGACUGACCUCUCUACUCCCACUGUCCCGGAGCGUCCGAAUCUACACCUGGGCAUCUGACGGAAGAUGGUGGAUAAACCUGAUCUCAGAAAAAAGUUAGAAUUCAGGAAGCUACUGCAACAAGUGUCCGAUGGCUUAGGUGCUGAGAACCUGAAGGCCCUAAAGAACUUGUGCUACGAUUUCAUCCCGAAAACCCAACUUGACACCAUAGAUGUUGGGUUAGAUGUGUUCAAUGUCCUUAUAGAGCAAACUUUAAUAGGAGCUGAUAAUGUAGCGUUUCUGUGUGAGCUGCUGGAUGAGAUUGGCCGAAAGGAUCUCACAGACAAAGUCAAGACUUACGUUGAGCGAAUGGAAGCUCCAUCUGAACUCUCUUCACAAUACGUCCAGACUCUAGACAGACCCAUACUCAAAGCAAUUGCUGAUGAGGUAGGGAAAGAGUGGAAGAUGUUGAGCCGUCAUCUCAAUGUGGAUGAGGUUGACAUAGACAGCAUCAGUCGAGAACACCACGGUGACCUCAAGGAGGCAGCACUCAAAGCAUUGUUAAAAUGGAAAGUGACUGCAGGAGACAAAGCCACACCAAAAGCCCUCAAAAAGGCCCUAGUGGACAUGAAGUUGAUGGCUAUUGUACACAAGUACUUUGCUGCUGCUUAAGUAUAUAUUGAUGUUAUUGUAUGUACUUUGUUUUUGUUUUUUCACGCACCUACGGCACAUUAAUUUUGGACAAUAGUGCUCAAAUCUGAUGAAGAAUAAUAAUGCUCAUUUAGUCUAAACAUAUUUUUAUUUCACCAGUUGUUGCCAGCAUUUUGGGAAAAACUAAAAGAGCGGUGAAGUUUUUAGUUUAAGGGCUGAUAAAUGAGACCUGUGUGACAGAGGAGUGGUUAAAGAUGAUGAUGACGAUGAUGAUGACUGAACAACUUGUUGAGGGGGAGUGGAUAGGUUAACCCUAGCCUCUGGAGUUGACUGGAAAGGAGUCCUGAUAAGGCCUCUCAAAAGGAGUUCAUCAACGAAGGCACUGUCUCCAUCAGCUCCCUUGGCUUCGUCCUCCUCCCAGUCCUCCCCUCCUAGUACCUCGGCAGCCUGACUCCAGAAUGCCUCAUCUUCAUCAACACAUGGUGAUGACAUUGUUUCCUGAUCCAUCGUGCAACGUGUUGGUGAGUGAUCAGUAUGGUGGACCAAUAAGUUGCCAGAGUCAACAUGUUCUGGAGAAGAGCUCUGGCGAGUACUGCACAAUUGUGAUGCAACCGUCAGUAAUCUCUGUACUUGUGUU